CUUCGGCUCGAUUGAUCUGUCGGGCGGGGUGUGAAACGUUCCUCAGGCGGGGCCUAGCCUGUGGACUGGCGGAGGGAGCACCAUUGCAUGGGGGCAAAGACGGAGCCUGGGAGGCGAUCAGUAGCUUCUCGUAGCCUGGUUUGGAAAAAGGUUGUUCCUUAUCGGACCAAUGGAAGUGAGUGCCUGGACGGCUGACUCCAAUGACCCUACCGAGAUGUGCGGGGUGAUUCCCGAGAUUAACGAGAUAGAAAAGCAGACUGCAGAAUUUAAGGCAAGGCUUAUCGAGCAGAUGAUGGCCGAGGAUGAGAUGGACCCCCACGGCGCAGGGUCACGUGAGAGACGCAGGACCGGUCAGGACCAGGCCAACUAUGAGGAGAAGGAUAAUAGCCACAAAGGAACGCCUAGCAAGAAGGGGAAGGACAAGAACAACCCCCCGGCGGAGGGGACGGAAAACGCUAUGACCCCGCCUGCCAUCGACAGCGGCACUAGCCGACUGCCAACCACGCCGAAAGUAACAGGGGCGUUCGACGGACUCUGGAGCCUUAGGGAAAGGGUGCUAGGAUGGUUUGACCCAGAAGGAACGCCGAAAACCAGGGAGAAGCAGAGGGAAAACAAGGAAGGGGAAGGGACUAGUGCUACUGAAGAAGCAGGUAGCUCCGAAGGUGGUCUCAAGAGGAUAGUCUCCACCCUCACCGGGGCACUAAACAAGAACCAGGGGUAUCUCGCAGAUGCAAAGAAGAAACUCACGUUUGAUGGAGCAAAUAUUACAGAGUUUCUAAUAGACUAUGAGAACCUAGCAGCCUUACUGAAAUGGACAGAAGAGGAAAAAAUGGAUCAUCUAGGUCAGCACGUAUCACUAAGCUUGGGAAGGGACAUUAUGGCCAUCGCCGCUUCCAGUGGGUCCUGGAAAGAAACCAGGAACGAGAUGAUGAGGAAAUACCUGAAGGCAGAGAAAAUGGCAACAGAGGCCGAAUUAGCAGCAGUCCAGAGGAAAAACUAUACGACUUACAACGAUUUCCUAAGGGUAUUUACGUUAGUGGCUCUGCGAAUUCCCGGGGUGACAGACCGCAUAAUGAGUAAAUAUUUCCUCAGGCAGUUCUCCGAGUUUGAUAAGGAUAAGAUUCUGUCAGCAUACCAGCAGACCAGUAAGUUCGAGUACACGAGAGAUGUGGACUUCAGCACCGUAACAGACCUUCCGGAAAAGACAUUGGUCACCGAGACACUAGCCCUCCUUAAGGAAGGGGAGGUCAUAGAUCUGACCGGCAAAACGGGGGAUAAGGUCAAAAAGGGAAUAGAGAGCAUGCAUGAAAGGGUGCACGGGGUUGACAAUAAGAUAGAAAGAAUGGAAAGCGCGCUAUUGGUGAUGCAGGCGCAAGUAUCCAGAACCACCCUCUCGCCCCAAGAAGCAGUGGUUCCGGCAGCUGUAGCAAACCGUGGAUUUGGCAGAAGGGACCCGACCAACGAACAAUGCAAGUACUGCACCAUGAUCGGGCAUUUCGUUCGGUCCUGUCCCAGACUCAACCGCGACAUUGAGCGGCCCUCAAAGGCAUACCUGUUCAGAAGGCGAUUUAUCCUAAGGAUCGAUCCUGCCAACGUCGCCAGGGCCCUAAAGAACUACAAGCCUAUAGACCCGACCGUUAGCAGAUGGAUAGGCUUCAUAUGGCAAUUCGUCGAGCGGAUUGCGGGGCUUCGAAAUAGGGCAGAUGGGCUGAGCAGGGUAUGUAUCAUACCAGAAGGAGUAGAGGACGUGGAACCAAUCGACGCCUUCUUGAAGUAUGAAGGAGGGACCCUUGUGGUGGAUAAUGAGAUGGCAUAUCCAGCAAUUACAACAGGUCAGUUGCUGAUUCAAACCUUGGAAAAAAGCGCGCCUCCAGUAGUUGCAGAACUCAGGGAAGGACCAGCCACCACGGUCAGGCGUAAAGAGGAGAAGGACUCGUGGGGAGCACAAGUAGGGGCCAGAGAAGAGCUGACAGCGAUGGCCGUGGAAGGGGGACGGGACGCCGUGAUAACAUUGGCCGAAACCUGGGCACAGAAGGAGUGUCAAUACCUAGUCAAUCUCACUCGGGAGGAGCGGGGUACCAAUCAGAACGAACAAGAAUUCUUCCUCGUACAGAUGUACGAGGGCGUUUUCAAAGAAAUCGGACUGCUGCUUGUAGGGAACAAACAACCUACGGAAGUCAGUCCCAAGGCAAGGGAGGAAGUAGAAAAGUACAUCCUAAGAAAUGGCCACCUGUUCAAGAGAGAGGAAGGGAUGAUGCCUAAACGCGUCGUUUGUGGGAGGUCUAGGCAGCUGGACGUAAUUCAGGCAAUGCACGAUGGGCCAGCUGGGGGUCACAGGUCGUCAAAGGGGACACUUGCAAAGAUUGUGCCCCGGUAUUUCUGGCCGGGAAUGGCAGGCAUGGUCGCAACGUACUGUCAGACGUGUCUGAUAUGUCAAGAGAGGAGCUCCAUACGGGUUUACGAGCCCCUUAGACCCACUAGGGUACUGGGACCCGGACACCUUGUUCACCUCGAUCUUGCGGUUAUGCCCGUAUCAACGGAUGAAUUUAGAUACAUCUUGGAUGCAAGGGAUAAUCUUAGUGGCUAUGUAGAAGCCGUAGCUCUCAAGAAGAAGACGGGGAAAGUAGUGGCCGACUGGGUGGAAGAUUUCUACCUAAGGCACCCCUUCGUGCGCAGGUUUAUAGCGGACAAUGAGACAUAAUUUGUUAACCAGGAGGUGUUGAACAGGCUUAAGACACUG